UGCUGUUAGUAAUUUUCUCCCUGCGUUCCCCCAUAGUCCUGUUCUUGCCUCUCUUCGAUGGAGGCAGUUGUUAGCUGGAGGAGCCAACCUCCCUUUGCUGAGACGGGCUCCCCCGCUCCCCCCGACACACACAUAUACACGCACACUAUAAGCUUGGGAGGUCUGGAUCAGACUGAACAAUUUGACCACCUGGCCCCCUGUCCCGCCCCCAGGUGCCUCUGGACCCCUUCCUCUGUCCGCCCCUUCCCUGCACCCCUUGCCAGCCCCAGCUCCUCGUUUCUUUGUUCAGGCGUCUCUCCUCCGUCCCUCCCUCUCUCCUCCCUCUCUCCUCCUCCCGCCUGCUGCCUCCCUCCCUUGUUCCCUCCCGCCAGCUUUCUUCCCCUCCUUUUGGUUUUUCCUCCUGGUGGGCUCCCAGGUGGCGGUGGCAAUUUUUCCCCUGUCCAUCUACCUGAGCUGAUUCUGACGUGGGGGUUUUGAGGGGGCUAAGGCUGAAUGGAAGGGAGUCUGGGGCUGCCUGAAGGAAAGGGACUGUAGGAGCCCCCUCCCCCUUUCCUCUGUCCUUCUCCAUCCUUCUCUUUCCUCUGUUCUCACCGCUAGGCUGCCGAAGAGGGACCCCGAAUUUGGUCUUGAAGUCCCAAGAGACUUCAUUACCCCCCCAUUUACCUCUUUCAAGGGCCAGAAAAUUGUAGGAGGUCCCUGUAGAAGCCUCAUGGGAAGAUCCCCUACUUUUCUGGACACCUUGAGUGAGCCCAACACUAGCUUUGGUGACCCUGACCUUGUCACUGUGAAAAUGGAUACUGGAAAAAGGAGGUCAUGGGGGGUUGACAUGAACCCCCUGAUCAAAGUUCUCAGGGACUCAGACAGCAUCUAGCCCUCCUAGCUUCCUUGAGCCCCACCCCACUAGCAGGUCAAGUUCUUGAGCAAACUCCUGCUUGUAAAGACCUGCGUGGGCACGCAGGCGUGGAUGUGUGGAUAUGCAGGGCUGCUCAUGGGGGCCUCCAAAUUCACCCUUAGGGUGGUGGAGGCUGCACAGCCCUUUGCUCCCCGGCCUCCCUGCCAGAGCCUGCCUUGAAUUCUGUCAGCACUAGCUUUGUGCCCCCAGCAGACUGGGGGAGGGGGCUGGGGCUGGUUCUCCCCUCCCCCAGUCAGCCAGCCUCCCUGGGAGAGAGCAUCUGGGAUGGGGAGAUCUCGAGGAAGGAGAGGUGUGCCAGGCACUCAGCGAGCACCGCUGGAGCUGCACUUCCUGUCUGAGGAACCACCAAGUGGUUUGCCUUGGCAGGAGAGGCAGGGCUCCAGGGCUGGGGGCUGGGUCUGAGGAGGGCAUUGGAGUCCAGAAGUCCACAGUGGAGCCCUGCACAGUCCUGGCUGGGCGAGUAACAGGCCACCGUAUCCCAGCCCUAUCCCAACACAUACACACCCUGGUGGCCUGAAAAUGGUCUCGUAUUGCCUCCCAUGGGAAAAGGGAUAGACAGGGCAGAUCUGGGGAUGAGGCUGUUAUUCUUAAUGCCCCCACCCCCAGUGCUCCUGGGUGGGGGAUGGGAGUUGGCAAGGGUUUGUAUCGGGAGGAGCAAUAUGUUUCAACAACUGUGCUGAGCUGCGUUUAUCCAACAGCCAGCCUGCCUGGGGAGACAAUAUUUGAAAAACACAGUAUUAAAGUUUGGACCUGCCAGAGAUGUGGGUGACUCUGAAGGAGCAGUGUAGCUGGUACACAGUUUAUCACAGGUCCACUGGCCAUUCUAGUACCCUUUCUGAUUCCUGAGCUGGUACUUCUUCAUGGAGGAAGUCCUUCUGCAUGUCUAACCUGGGUGCUUCCUGUUUUCUGCUUUUUAGUAAAUGUGAGUCCUGCUAUUCUCUGGCUUUUCUUUUUUGGCUGGUGUCAUCUCCCCUGCUUUGGGCCAUCAGCGUGUCUCAUUCUUGCUCCCCGUUCUCCCAUGAUUCCCCUCCACUAUUAUUAGGUCCAGAUUUUCCUGCCCUGGGAGGAGUGCAUUGGCUCAAGCAGAACUAGGAGUAGAAGAGAGGGCCUCUCUGCAGGUUGUGGGCACAGUGUGGGAACUUGCCAUGAACCAUAGAGGGGUUUCUAUCAUCUGCAUGUGUUCCAGCAUGUAACUGAGGGACAGGAGAGGGUAAGGCUGUGUCUCCAGGUACUCCCCUCAGUUCUGGUGCUCCCAGCUACUCCACUACAGCUUGGACUUCAGGCUCGUUGGUGACCUGCCCCCAGACAAAGGAAGGCAGGAAAAAGUAUGAGCUUUGUCCUGAGUCUAGAGUUGUGAGUAUGGAGAUGCUGUCACUCUGUUGAAGGAGGGAAACUGAGGUAAUUUGGUCAGAGGUUGAAAAAGGGAAGGUAGGCAGGGCGGCUGUUUGCUUGUAAUCCCAGCACAGGAGGAUCGUUAUAAGUUCUCCGACAAAAAAAAAAGGGAACAAGAAAAUGGUUCAUACAUUUUUCUAACUUGUUCUCUUCCCAGGUGUCCAGAGAAUUGGAGCCUGGUCCCUGGGCCCUCGGCCCCUCCACGAUGCUCCGCACUGGCCUCAUCCUGUGGGCUUCCCUGCUGACCGGGGCCUGGCCUGCCGCCCCCAUCCAGGACCAGGUUCCCGCCACACCUCGCGUCCGUCUGUCAUUCAAAGAACUUAAGGCCACGGGUACUGCCCACUUCUUCAACUUCCUGCUCAAUACUACGGACUACAGAAUCCUGCUCAAGGACGAGGACCAUGACCGCAUGUACGUGGGCAGCAAGGACUACGUGCUGUCCCUGGACCUGCAUGACAUCAACCGAGAGCCCCUCAUUAUCCACUGGGCAGCCUCGCCACAGCGCAUUGAGGAGUGCAUACUGUCAGGCAAGGAUGGCAACGGAGAGUGUGGGAAUUUCGUCAGGCUCAUCCAGCCCUGGAACCGAACACACCUGUAUGUGUGCGGGACCGGUGCCUACAACCCCAUGUGCACCUAUGUGAACCGUGGCCGUCGUGCACAGGCCCCGCCAUGGACCCAGAUGCAGGUGGUCAGAGGCCGAGGCAGCAGGGCCACAGAUGGUGCCAACCGCCCGACGCCCACAGCCCCACGCCAGGAUUACAUCUUCUACUUGGAGCCUGAGAGACUGGAGUCAGGGAAGGGCAAAUGUCCAUACGACCCCAAGCUGGACACAGCCUCAGCCCUUAUCAAUGAGGAGCUCUAUGCAGGAGUGUACAUCGAUUUUAUGGGCACUGAUGCAGCCAUCUUCCGCACGCUUGGAAAACAGACGGCCAUGCGCACUGAUCAGUACAACUCCCGGUGGCUCAAUGACCCUUCAUUUAUACAUGCUGAGCUCAUCCCUGACAGCGCGGAGCGGAACGAUGACAAACUCUACUUCUUCUUCCGAGAGCGCUCUGCAGAGGCUCCACAGAACCCCGCUGUAUAUGCCCGCAUCGGGCGCAUCUGUCUCAAUGAUGAUGGCGGCCAUUGCUGCCUCGUCAACAAGUGGAGCACAUUCCUGAAGGCGCGGCUCGUCUGCUCGGUGCCAGGGGAGGAUGGCAUCGAGACCCACUUCGAUGAACUCCAGGAUGUGUUUGUCCAGCAGACCCAGGAUGUCAGGAACCCCGUCAUUUAUGCUGUCUUUACCUCCUCAGGCUCCGUGUUCCGAGGCUCUGCUGUGUGCGUCUACUCCAUGGCUGACAUCCGUAUGGUCUUCAAUGGGCCCUUUGCUCACAAGGAGGGCCCCAACUACCAGUGGAUGCCCUUCUCAGGGAAGAUGCCAUAUCCCCGGCCUGGCACAUGCCCUGGCGGAACCUUUACGCCGUCAAUGAAGUCCACUAAGGAUUAUCCUGACGAAGUCAUCAACUUCAUGCGCAGUCAUCCGCUCAUGUACCAGGCUGUAUACCCGCUGCAGCGGCGACCCCUGGUGGUCCGUACAGGUGCACCCUACCGCCUCACCACCGUCGCUGUGGACCAGGUGGAUGCAGCUGAUGGGCGCUAUGAGGUGCUUUUCCUGGGCACAGACCGCGGGACAGUGCAGAAGGUCAUUGUGCUGCCCAAGGAUGACCAGGAGGUGGAGGAGCUCAUGCUGGAGGAAGUGGAGGUCUUCAAGGAACCAGCAGCCGUGAAGACUAUGACCAUCUCUUCCAAGAGGCAACAACUCUAUGUGGCCUCAGCCGUGGGUGUCACACACCUGAGCCUGCACCGCUGCCAGGCAUAUGGAGCUGCCUGUGCUGACUGCUGCCUCGCCCGCGAUCCCUACUGUGCCUGGGAUGGCCAGGCCUGCUCCCGCUACACAGCAUCCUCCAAGAGGCGGAGUCGCCGGCAAGAUGUCCGCCACGGGAACCCCAUCAGGCAGUGCCGUGGGUUCAAUUCCAAUGCAAACAAGAAUGCCAUAGAGUCUGUGCAGUAUGGAGUGGCCGGCAGCGCGGCUUUCCUUGAGUGCCAGCCUCGCUCACCCCAAGCCACUGUGAAGUGGCUGUUCCAGCGAGAUCCCAGUGACCGGCGCCGUGAGAUUCGUGCAGAGGACCGCUUCCUGCGUACAGAGCAGGGGCUGCUGCUUCGCGCCCUGCAGCUUGGUGACCGCGGCCUCUACUCCUGCACGGCCACUGAGAACAACUUCAAGCACAUCGUCACUCGGGUGCAGCUGCAUGUACUGGGCCAGGACGCCGUUCAUGCUGCCCUCUUCCCCCCACUGGCUGUGAGCGUCCCUCCACCUCCUGGUGCAGGUCUCCCCACACCUCCUUAUCAGGAGCUGGCCCAGCUCCUCGCCCAGCCGGAAGUGGGCCUCAUCCAUCAGUACUGCCAGGGGUACUGGCGUCAUGUGCCCCCCAACCCCAGGGAGGCUCCAGGAGCUCUUAGACCUCCUGAACCCCAGGACCAGAAAAAGCCCCGGAACCGUCGUCAUCACCCUCCGGACACAUGAGGCAGCUGCUGGAGGCCUACAUAGGACCAGCCUAGCCCCUCAUCCCUUUUAAUAUAAAAGAUAUAUAUAUAUAUAUAUAAAAUAUCUAUAUUCUAUACAUACCCUACCCCUGCAAAGACAGUAUUUAUUGGUGGGUUGUAUAUAGCCUGCCUUAGUGGCAGCAUUAUUCAGAACUUAGACCCGUGUUGGUCAGCAAUGGCACAUGACUGAGCAUGCCCAGCCUGGCCCAGGAAGUUGCCAGGGACAGGCCAACCACACAGUCCCCAGACUGCGGAAAUCUUGCUCAACAGCUGUCAAGAUCUACAGAACACAGGGAGGGAGCGAGCCCUAUUUGCCAGGGCAUGGACCAUAUACCUUUGCUGAUGAGUUUUGUCAGCUGUUCCGUGGCAUAGACAUGGACACCAGGACUGCUGUGGCGUCUGAGGGUGGGGCCUGAGGGCACUCAGAGAAGGGAGGACGGGCCAUCACAGGAUUCAGGCCCCUGCCUGGGUCAGGGGUGCUCAGUCAAGGCCAACCUUUCCCAGGUAUUUAUUCUCUAUUUAUUGGGAGCAGAAGAGAAGUCUGCCUGGGUGGGGCAGGACUUUUUCUUCUCCCUUCCUUGCCUGUCCUGACAGGUCCACCCCACUCUACCUCCUUAGCUUUUCCUGUGCCACCUUGACCCGUGGGGAGAGAAGCAGUGGGCUGGGUGCAGGUGUGGCUCAGAAGAGCCCCCAGCCCUGAGGGUAGAUGGGCCAUAGUGGAGGCCCAGGACCUGCAGGGCAUCCCCAAGGUUCCCUUCUGCCCACCGCUUCUGGUGAUGGGUGUAAAUAGCUCUGGGGGCAGUUGGGUAGAUGGGGGAGGGGGCUCCUGCAGCCCUCUGCUCCCCAGGCCACAGCCGCUCUUGGGGUUCCAUCUUGCUAAUAAACACUGGCUCUGGGACUAGA